UGAGAGCUGCACCCACACGAGUUAUCUACACACUGUAGCUGGUGGCACAACAUUUUUGCCGGGUGUGCAGCUCUUUGUACUGUAGCAGAUAGCAUCGGCCUCAAAUCCUACACAUUUGGUUCAGCCGUAAGCUUUGUCUGCUUUGGUCUCUGACACUUGUUCGCGGAAGCUUCCAGUGAUGGCUAUGAGACAGACUCCACUCACUUGCUCCGGCCACACAAGACCUGUUGUUGAUCUGGCCUUCAGUGGGAUAACUCCUUAUGGAUAUUUCCUCAUAAGUGCCUGCAAAGAUGGCAAACCUAUGUUGCGCCAGGGAGACACAGGGGACUGGAUCGGUACGUUCCUGGGUCACAAAGGCGCUGUUUGGGGAGCCACUUUGAACAAAGAGGCCACCAAGGCGGCUACUGCAGCAGCAGAUUUUUCAGCUAAAGUGUGGGAUGCAGUGACUGGGGAAGAAGUUCUCACACUGGCACACAAGCACAUUGUCAAAACUGUGGAUUUCACUCAGGACAGUAACAGUCUGCUAACUGGAGGGAAUGAUAAACUGUUGCGUAUUUAUGAUCUCAACAAGCCUGAAGCAGAACCUCAGGAGAUUUCAGGUCACACAUCAGCCAUUAAGAAAGCCCUCUGGUGCAACAACGACCAGCAGAUCCUUUCUGGUGGCGAUGACAAAACUAUACGCCUUUGGGAUAAAACCUCCGGUGAGGCCGUGAAAACCCUGACAUUCGACGUGGCUGUCAGUAGCAUGGAGUACAUUCCCGACGGAGAGAUACUCGUCAUCACCUACGGAAAGACGGUGGCUUUCUACAACGCCCACAGCCUGGAGCUUAUUAAGACGGUAGAUGCUCCGACCUCUAUCCACUCCGCCUCCCUGCACCCUGACAAGGACUUCUUUGUGGCAGGUGGCGAUGACUUUAAGCUCUACAAGUACGACUAUACCACAAAGGAGGAGAUGGAGUCCUACAAGGGCCACUUUGGGCCGGUGCACUGUGUGCGGUUCAGCCCAGACGGGGAGCUCUACGCCAGCGGAUCUGAGGACGGCACCCUCCGCCUGUGGCAGACUGCUGUGGGCAAGACAUACGGCCUCUGGAAGUGUGUCCUGCCUGCUUGUGCAACAGAGGAGCUGGUGUCGGAGAACUCCGACACUCUCUACUGCCCACCCGAAAUCAAGGCCUGAUGAAGACCACCUGCCGGCACAGAUGGACGAAUGAAGGAAGGAAUAAAGCGAGGGAAGGAUGGAUGGAUGGAGAGAGGGAGGAAAAGAGCGAGACUGAGAGGAUGGGAAUAAAUGGGUGGAUUGAGGAGGCCAGGGUUCCAUUUUCAGGGCCAGAUUGUGCCCACCACCCCUUUACAAUCCCCUGCAAAGGUGCUGUGCCACCCGGCUACACCAGGGGCUGACCUAGGUGCAGUGGAGGCUAUGUGGGAAUGUGUCUACUGAUUACACACACACACACACACACACACACACACACACACACACACACGCACACGCAGGAGAGAAGCAGUAGACCUGUGAGCGUGGUAAACUCACAGCUGACAGUCACACUCCAUCCUUUAGCCAAGUCCCAUUCAUUCAUAGCUAUCGCCCUGCUCCCCUGGUUGCACUGUGAUCACUUUGGGCUCUAAUUUGUGGUUUCAGGGGGAAAAAGAAGGAAAAAAAACAUUAAAAUUUUCAUUUGUGUGUUCAGUAAAGGGAAUUAACUCAUGGAAUUAGACACACGCGCACAUACACGUUGUCUUUGUGGAAAUGGUGGUCCCCCCCCCCCCCC